UGAAUAAUAAUUGAUCGACAAAUCGAGCAACUGCACGAAACGAACGCAUCAAUUUGCUGAUGACGUAUGCGUCGUCUGCACUGUGUAGUCUGCAAUGGACUAAAAUUGAGAAUGGACACUUCAAGCAAUAUUUCAGAUUUCAAUAUUUCUCCGCUUUUUGCAGAACUUUGCAUUCCCUUCCAAACUGCUGAUCUUGCAAAUGUAGCGUACAACUCUUUGAGAGUUGACAAAGAACCCAAACGGAGUUCAACAACAAAAACUCUUUCCUUGGAGGGUAACAGUCUUAAAGUAUCUUUUAAAUCUGGAGAUACUCGCCAAUUGAGAACUGCUGUGAAUUCAUUUCUUGACCUCCUUAUUCUUGUCUCAAGGGCGAUAGAUGAAUUUACACCUGUUAAUUUCAAGUUUGAGAAUGUCUCUUAAAGAUUUAAGUGGACCGAGUGAGACCAAAAACACUCCUGCUCCCUAUAGGGCUAUUUAUGGUUUUGUUCUUUGGCUGGUAUCAUAUGUGUUCUUGAUUAUUUAUAUAGUGUGGGCAUUUAUUUCAGAGGAAUGGCUUCAUGUAUUUGGAUUGACAUACUGGCCUCAGAAAUACUGGGCUGUUGCAAUCCCAGCCUAUAUUUUUACAGGGAUUUUGCUCUUUGGCUUUGUAAUCUAUCCUAGUAUCAACCUCUUGAUCACCCCUCCAUUGAAUGAUUUAAGGACAGUUUUAGAUGAGAACUGUGCUUUCACUGCUGGUCGAGGAAUUGCUCCCAUAACUGAUAUCCCCCUUAUUGAAGUAUGUGAAAAUUUGUAUUUGUGAAAUUUGAUUUAAACUUUUUUUU